UCUCGCCAGUUUGUUACGGCUAUUUUUCACUCUGAAAUAUUUUUUUUGUAAAAUUUCGUACGUGGUCUCAAACAAUUUUAAACAUGCGAACGUUUUUGUACAAAUUUGGGAGACCACGUACUAAGUUUAUACAAAUGAAUUUAGAAUGUCGACAAUUUGAAAAAAGUCUGAGAAUACACAAUGUCCACAAACGACCUUAAAAAUUUAUGAGCAUCUUCCUCGACCCUCGGGGCACUUGAGGACCAGUCGCCCUCCUGUCCGUCCGCCUCCGAGUGACUGUCGGAGAGGAUGAGCUCGAACCAGGACCCGCAGGGGAAGCUGCAGGGAACGCCCCGUCAGGCCCCUCCGCCCGCCGCAGGGAUGCAGAGGCCGUUUGGAGAACGCAGCCCGGCGGCCCCGCCGCCACGACGCGAUUCUGCCAGUCCGACUCGAGCUCCGAUGGGAUGGAGCCUGUUGCUGUCGGUGGAACGCGCCCGGCGGGCCCUGGAGGAAGAGAUGCAGACCCAAGCUGCCAUGGCAAGCAAAGCUGCAAAGACCAGCGAAGCGGAGGUCGCGUUAAAGGAAGUAAAGCGUGAAGUGCAAGAGCCGUCGCCCCGGCGGACGACUGGUGGGCCGGCUGGCCUAAAUGACGAUCAGGAAGUUUAUCGAUUGGAGCAGCAGGUUGCGUCGCUGAGAAAGAACAACACACAAUUGUUGGUACGUCUGCAGGAACAAGAGGAGGCCCACUUAAAGACGAACUCGGAUCUUCGCCUUCAGAUCGAGAGCCUAGAAAGCCGUUUGAACGCUGCCGAAAAUCUGAACAAGUUCCAGGUUGAAGAGAACAACAAGUUAAGAAGCAGCAACAUCCAUCUGUCACAAAAGCUGGAAAAAUCUCAAAUGGAGAAUAAAGCUGCGAUACAAAAGUGGUGCGACAAAGUGGGGUUAUUGAAGCACAAAGUAGAGAAGCAGAAGAAGUACACUUCUGAUUUGGUGCACAAGCUGUCGAAGUCCACGCAAGCCGCCGGGCAGGUGCAGGAGAUGGAGGAGUUGGUGGUCUGGCAGCGGAGCCGACUCAAGGACCAGGAGGCUGAGCUCUCCCAGCUGAAGGGUGCUUUGGCCAGGGAGAAGCGGAGGUCUGCGUCUGGUAACAGUGCAUAUCCUGUGGAGUCGAGGAGAGCCGCUAGACAGGACGGCGUCCGUCAUGUGGAGACGCAGACACCCUCGAGCUGCCUCCAGCCGGAACCCGAAUGCUCUGUUGUGUUGCAAGUGGUAAGCGAGGCCUACCCCACGGCAGCCAGCAUCAUGAGGAACUACGAGGAGCUGAGCCUCUCCCUGUCCGCCCUGCGCUCCCCCGUGAAGGCGGCCAUCGCCGCCAUGCCCCCCGCCACCAGGAGCUUGUGCCUCAAGAACAUGAUGAGGGCGCUGCAGUCGGAGCAGACCAACGCAGACGAGGAGGAGUCCUCGCCCAGCGCCAAGCCGUGUGACCAAGUGCUUUCACCCGUGAGCGCGGUGACCGAUGCGGGCGACGCAAGCGGGGUGGUCAGCCCCAAGCCGUCCCCGCCCGAUGCUGCCCUUCCGCCACCGCCGUUCGUCCUGCCUCAACACCUGCCGCUGCCGCCCGUUGCCGUGCCCAUCGACUUCAUGCUCGCCUCCAGGAAGAGAGCAGCGGAGGACGACGAGGCCGCGUCGGGAAAACAGGCAGUGACCCAAAGGAUUUCAUCUAAAUCAUCUCAUCAUAGCAAUUUUCCCCUCUUUUAGCUAAAUGCUAAUUCAUGAUAUUUUAAGUGUUUUUUUAAGUGCAGUAUUAUUUUAAAUCAUUUUGCCCAGCGCGCAAUGUUCCUGCAAGUGCAGUAUUAUAUUUUUAAAUAAUUUUGACCAACGCACAACAACACAAAAGUGUGA